AUGGAGUUAGGCAAUGGGGGUUCUUCUUCUUCCACACAAAAUGGUGUCGAGAAGCUUGUUGGGACAAACUAUCGGUAUUGGAGAAUGUGUAUGGAGGCUUAUCUCCAAGAAUUGGAUUCGGAUGAGAAGAUCGGUGAAGCUCGUCCGCGAAGAACGAGUAAUAGUCACUCGCUGAUAAUUCAACUCAUCCGAGUGAUGAAGGAGGGCAUUGCGAAAAUUGAUGAUGAUGCCAAAGGUAGCGAUAUCAAGCUCAAUGAUGUUUAUCGUGUUCUAGGUUUAAAGCGGAAUUUAGUUUCGGUUUCUCAAAUUACCGAUUCUAGGAAGUAUGUCUUAUUUGGUUCAAAUGAUGUAAAAGUACUUGAUAAUGUAAAUCAAAUAACAAGCGAUGUUGUUGUUGUUAAUAAGAAGAAAGGAUCCUUGUUUGUUAAGUCGGCAGGGGAGGAAAGGUUGGAGGUGUAUGGACCGGAGACGAAGAGAUUUGUUACAUCUCAAGAUGUGGUAUUCGACGAAGUGUUAACAUUACAUUCGCGCGAGAAAUUCAGCAUUGAAAAUGUUAUUCUUGAUGAUGAUCAAGAUAACUUGAUGGAGUUGUUUCCUCGAAAACACUAUAGAGGCAUCUCAAGACACUAA